UCCAAGAUGGCGCUUCCCGUGCGGACUAACUUCAGACAUGUCCAGAGCUUCAUUCAGAAGUUUAACGUCUCUAAAAGGUCUCUGAGCGCCGCGGUUCGCCCUGACAUGAAGUUUCAUCCAAAGCCACCUACAUCUCUGCUAUGCUGGACCUGAAGAUGUGUCCUGUGACGUCUGCACUGGGAGGAAGAUGAAGGCUGUCAGGUCCUGUCUGGACCCUCCAGUUAUCGGUCGUGUCUUCUCUGGGAUCCAGCCCACCGGGGUUCCUCACCUGGGGAACUACCUGGGGGCCCUGGAGAACUGGGUGUCCCUCCAGAACCAGUACUCGUCGGUCCUGUACAGCAUCGUGGACCUUCACUCCAUCACUCAGCCUCAGGACCCCAAGCUGCUGAGGACCAACGUCCUGGACAUGGUGGCCAGUCUGCUGGCCUGUGGCAUCGACCCGCAGAGGGCCGUCCUCUUCCAGCAGUCCCAGGUGUCUGAACACGCUGAACUCUCCUGGAUCCUCGGCUGUCUGACCAGCAUGCCUCGACUCAGACACCUCCCACAGUGGAAGAUGAAGAGCAAACAGAAGAACGAGGGCAGCGUGGGGCUCUACACGUACCCCGUCCUGCAGGCUGCAGAUAUCCUCCUCUACAAGUCAACUCACGUCCCCGUCGGAGAGGACCAGGUCCAGCAUCUGGAGCUGGCUCAGGAUCUCGCUCGCAUCUUCAACCACCGAUUUGGAGACUUUUUCCCUGAACCAGGAGCUCUGCUGAGUUCUACACGAAAGAUCAAAUCUCUCCGUGAGCCGUCGGCCAAAAUGUCCAAAUCUGACCCUCAGACGAUGGCGACCGUCUUCCUCACCGACUCUCCUGACGACAUCGCCCUGAAGAUCCGUCGCUCUGUCACCGACUUCACCUCCGAGGUCACCUUCGACCCGGAGAACCGGCCCGGCGUUUCCAACUUGGUGAGCAUCCACGCCGCCAUGGCGACCAUCACUGUGGAGGAGGCGGUCUCCCAGGCGAUGGGGCUGGACACGGGGGCCUACAAGCGGCUGGUGACAGAGGCGGUGGUCCAGAGGCUGACACCCAUCAGGCUGCAGAUCGAGCGGCUGCGGUCCGACCCGGCUCACCUGGACCACGUUCUGGCUCAGGGGGCCUCCAGGGCCCGAGAAGUGGCCGCUCCGGUCCUGAAGGAGGUCCAGCAGAGGGUCGGGUUCUGCUGAAACCAGACGAGCUGCUGCUGUUGGGACUGUUUGAGGAUGUUAGAGCGACGAGAGAAAGACUCGAGGUGACUUUAGUUGUUUUGAAAGAAGAAAACUCUCUGACACCGUGGUUCUGUCUGCUGGUUCUGGUUCUGUUGAAACAAAAGAAGAAAACUAGAAAACUCUCAGACACCGUGGUUCUGGUUCUGUCUCUGGUUCUGGUUCUGAGCAUCGUGUUUAUCACCUCACAGCUUAUUUAUUUGCAUCUGAAUGUCUUCAAACACCACAUCCACUCUCUAGUUCUGUCUUUUUCAUAUUGUUCACACUGAUCACUGUGCCACAAACAUCAUUAAAAGUUCUGGAAAUCAACAUUUAAAAUGGAUUUUGUUCAAAUGUGCUUUGAUAAUUAAUGUUACAGGGAUUUUGUUUUACUGAAUUGCAGCUUAUUUAUUUGUUUUUAUAUUCUCUCAAGCGCCACAUUUCCUCUCUUUUUCUGUCUUUUUAACGUUCUUUACCAUAUAGCAGGAUGUCUGUGCCACCAGAACUGUGAAAACUUCUGGAAAACAACUUCUAAACAUGAUUUUCAUUGGAGGGGUUUGUCAUGUGUGUUUUGAUAAUUAAAGCUGCAAGCAUAAUUAUGAAUUUUUAA